GUUUAUCGGGGUCGAGUCUUCGCUGCUUCUCCCCGUCCUCGCUCGCAGGGAGACAAGUGCCCCGCCCCUCCGCGCGCUCCAUAGGCAGGCAGGCAGCACACCCGCCGCACCGAGCGAACCCAGCCGUCGGUAACGGAGAAGAUGGCAGAGCGGCAACAACAGAAACACGAAGGCAGGGUAAAGAUCGGACACUACAUCCUCGGCGACACGCUCGGAGUGGGGACAUUCGGGAAAGUGAAGAUUGGCGAGCAUCAGUUGACGGGCCAUAAAGUGGCUGUAAAGAUCCUAAACAGACAGAAGAUCCGCAGUCUCGAUGUUGUUGGGAAGAUCAAACGAGAGAUCCAGAAUCUCAAACUGUUCAGACACCCACACAUUAUCAAGCUGUACCAGGUGAUAAGUACACCAACAGAUUUCUUCAUGGUCAUGGAGUAUGUGUCUGGAGGUGAGCUGUUUGACUACAUCUGCAAACAUGGACGGGUGGAGGACACUGAAGCCCGCCGCCUUUUCCAGCAGAUUAUCUCAGCUGUGGACUACUGCCACAGGCACAUGGUGGUCCACAGAGACCUCAAACCUGAGAACGUCCUGCUGGAUGCCAGCAAGAACGCCAAGAUAGCUGACUUUGGUUUGUCAAACAUGAUGUCAGAUGGGGAGUUCCUACGGACAAGCUGUGGCUCGCCCAACUAUGCUGCUCCAGAGGUCAUCUCAGGAAGACUCUAUGCAGGCCCAGAGGUGGACAUCUGGAGCUGCGGCGUGAUCCUGUACGCCCUGCUUUGCGGCACUCUGCCCUUUGACGAUGAGCACGUCCCCACGCUGUUCAAGAAGAUCAGAGGAGGCGUCUUCUACAUCCCUGAGUACCUGACUCGCUCUGUGGCCUCGCUGCUCAUGCUCAUGCUGCAGGUGGAUCCUCUGAAGAGAGCCACCAUCAAAGACAUCAGGGAACAUGAGUGGUUUAAGCAGGACCUGCCAGGCUACCUGUUCCCCGAGGACCCCUCGUAUGAUGCUACAGUCCUGGAUGAAGAGGCUGUCAGGGAAGUGUGCGAGAAGUUUGAAUGCACUGAGUCUGAGGUUGUGUCCAGCCUUUACAGCGGGGACCCACAGGAUCAGCUUGCAGUAGCUUAUCACCUCAUAAUAGACAACCGACGCAUCAUGACCCAGGCCAGCGAGUUCUACUUGGCCUCCAGUCCUCCCCAGGGCUCCUUCAUAGAGGAGGGCAUGCCGCUGCCCCCCGGGAUCAAACCCCACCCAGAGAGGAUGCCUCCGCUGCUGGCUGACAGCCCCAAGUCUCGUUGUCCUCUGGAUGCUCUCAACACCACUCGGCCCAAACCGCUAGCAGUGAAGAAGGCCAAGUGGCACCUCGGUAUCAGGAGCCAGAGCAGACCCUAUGACAUCAUGGCUGAAGUGUACAGGGCCAUGAGACAGCUCAGCUUCGACUGGAAGGUGGUGAACCCGUACCACCUGCGAGUGAGGAGGAAGAAUCCAGUGACGGGAAACCUGGUGAAAAUGAGCCUGCAGCUGUAUCAGGUGGACAACAGAUCCUACCUCCUCGACUUCAAGAGCAUCGAUGAUGACAUCAUCGAGGCAGUUGGCUUUAAAUCGGGCUCGUCCACUCCUCAGAGAUCAGGCUCCACAGCCGGACUCCACAGACCCAGACUGAGCAUCGACUCAGCGAGCCCCGCGAUUGAUCUGCCCCAGCUCAGCUCCUCUCUCCCGGGGUCCCUGUCCGGUAGCAACCCUCUACUCACCCCCCGUCAGGGAUCACACACCAUGGACUUCUUUGAAAUGUGUGCCAGCCUCAUCACUACGCUGGCACGCUGAGAUGUAUCUGUAACCUUGAUGUCAGUGGGGUUUUUAAGCCAAUUGCUGAUCCGGGACGUCGGGGAGUGUAGAUGUUAGGAGUGACUUCCUCUCUCUGUCUCCUCUCCAUCUCCGUUCCAGCUGUAUUGGCCUGGAAGGGUGAAUGGAAGUGUAAAAAGCAAAGCCUGUCACUUCAGAUUAGGGAGACACAGAGAGGAAUCCUUUCUCAGAGAGGCAGAUUAAUAGCCUUUUUUUUUUUUCUUUUCGUAUUUUGACACAGUCCUUAGAUCAGAGUCUCAGAGUUUAAACAUGCAGCCACAGCUUAUGACAACUGAUCCUGGGACUGGAAUCUGUGACAUAUUGAAGGCCAUAGGCAAUAGGUCACAGCACGCAGUCGUGUCGGAGUCAGGAAAGGUCAAGUCCACUGUCACUCCUCCCACAAUUACCUUCAAUCUAUAUCAACUGCUGAAACGUCAUCGCCUACCAUAACACUAAAUGGCGGGAAAGCCUGCUGAGUUUUCCCCAAACACUGAUCGGAGGUCAGUUUUGCUUCUCGUCUUAUAUUUUGAUGAAGGUUGUUAAAAUUGACAUAAAAUCUGUGUCUGAGGGAACGUUAGCACAUGUAAAAUUUAUUUUCAGGUUUUAUAUUCUAUGGUUUGUAAAGAAACUUUUGUUAUCCAUGUAUAUUAUAUUUAUAUUACAUAGCUGAAAAGGUUGACAAGGGUAUACCAAAUAACAGACUUUAUACUCCAUAAAGAAGAUGAUUAUUAUUUAGAUAUCAGAUCCAUAUUUAUUUUUGAGAGAUUGUUUUUUAGGCGCUGUAGUUAUAUUAUUUAAGCACUGCAUCGACGUAGAGUUUUAUCCUGAUUUUGAAUAGAUUGUAGAAGAUUAAUGAACCUAGAGAGGCAGCGGGAUAGUCGGGCGAUAAUACUCUGCAUGGUGCCGACUGUGUCCUGCAUUUAGUGAUGAAGCACAGAUACACACCAUCUAACAUGAGUUUUCACAGCCACCGUAUUACCUGACUUCUCACAUAGCUAUGGUCGGUCUCUGUGUUUUUCAAAGAUGCCGUUCAUACCGUACAUCUGCUGUUUCUUUCCCCACACAACCAUCAUUUUAUACAUUCAGUAACUGUCAUAAAUAUGCAACAACACACACAGACUCCUCUACACUUCAGUUUAGCCCUUAACAAAUGACAAGUUGAGCAACUGCUAAUAUGCUGCUCAGCCAUGCAUGCACAGAAUGUAAUUUAAAAAGCGCGAGCAGGCCGGAGAUAUCAGGAGGACAGACAUGGCAGGCAGUCACAUACGCAGUAAGCUGAAAAAGACAGACGCCAUGUGCUGUUUGUAAUGAAGAGUGUAGCAAUUUUUAGGGCUACAAUUAUUAACUAUCUUCUUUUUUUUUUUUUUUUUUUGACUUAAAGGUCCAGUGUGCAGGAUUUAGGGGGGGUCAUCAUUUUCUUUAGUGUAUAAUCACCUUAAAAUAAGAGUUGUCGUGUUUUUGUUACCUUCGAAUGAGAUGUCUAUAUCUACAUAGGGUGCAUGUCCUUGUCUAAGGAGAUGGCAAAGUUUCUACAGUAGCGCAAAAUGGACAAACCAAACACUGGCUCCAGACGGGGCCGUUCACGUUUUCGCAUCAGCCACCAUAGUUUGCAGCCUCUCCCCGAUAAGCAUGUCAGAAAAAUACAUUUUUGUAAAUGUAAAACUGCAUUAUUCAGUGAUGUAACUGGUUUAAAUCACCAGGUCCAUUUGUUUUGGAGAGGAAGAGACCCCUAUGGUUAAUUUAGCUCCUGGUAAAAACCUGAACUCCUGGAUCUUUAGUUAUCAGACCUCCGACAUGAAGCUGCUUUAUACACUGUUUUUACCGGUUUAACUCACUGGGUCUGUUUGUUCUGGAGAGGAGGAGACUCCUGCAGAUAAUUUGGUUCAUGGUAAAAACCUCCUGUACAUCUGGAUCAGAAAUCAGAUGAGCAUACAUAAGGUUAUCAGGUAAGCAGAUAUUAGCAGGUACAGCUGCAAUGUGCCAAACAGCGUAGGAGAAACUGCUUUGUUUAGUGUUUUUAAUCACCUAGUCUGUUUGUUUUAGAGAGGAAGAGACCUCUGCAGAUAAUCCAGCCACCUGAACAGCCAAAAGUGAAGGAAUUGUAACUGGGAUUGUUUCAGCUGGUUUCAAUGGGUAUUCCUCACUGCUAAAUCCCCCUGAAUCUUACACACUGUUCCUUUAAGCCUUUUAAAAUGAGAAAAAUGUGCAUCAGAAUUUAGAGCCUAAUCUGAGGUCUUGAAUCAGAGCAUAUGUUAGUAUUUACUUGAUAAAUUGCUCCAAUAGUCGAUCAGUUUUCAAAAUUGCUACCAAUCAUAUUAGCAGAGUUAAACUUCAUUAGCCCUGAGUCUGUGUAUGUGGACAGAUAAUGAGGUGAUGAUGAUAAUCAAUGAGAGGAAGAUGACAAAUCCAUGCGAGGUGGUGUGUAUCUGCUGCAGGACAGUAUAAGCCACAGAAACCUUUCUCCAGUUGCCUUAAAGAAUGCAACACAGUAACUGUGCAUAUGUUUAUGGAGAGUGUGUGUAUGAGCCAGUGUGUGUAGUGGAGAUGGGUAGAGUGUGUCACAUGAUGUCAUGUUUUUCUUACUGACUUUGUUCGGAGGAUCUCUGCAAUGCUUUGGGAGAUUGGUUCAGUUGGUAGAAAGUGACAAAGGGACAUGAUGUUUGGUGUUUGUGUUUCGUCAUCGUCUGUUGAGUCUGCGUUUUAAAACUCGUGUGGAUUUACUGUUUUAUUGCCUCACACUAAACUUCACCGUGUCUGUU